AGAGACAAGUAUCGCUACUUUGCCGUUCUCCUGAGAGAACGGUUUGAUAAGAACAAGGAUGUGAAGGAUAUGGUGAAAGCUACCGAGCUGCUGAGGGCAGGUGAGGAGGAAUUCUGGGCGAACCAGCAUCCUCAGCCGUACAUCUUCCCUGACUCCCCUGGGGGCACUUCCUAUGAGAGAUACGAGUGCUACAAGAUUCCUGAAUGGUGCUUGGAUUUCUGGCAUCCUUCUGAGAAGGCAAUGUACCCUGAUUACUUUGCCAAACGAGAGCAAUGGAAGAAGCUGCAGCAGGAAAGCUGGGAUAAAGAGAUUAAGCAGUUAGAAGAAGAAACUCCACCUGAUGGUCCGAGAACUGAAGCUUUGCCUCCAGCUCGUAAGGAAGGGCAUCUGCCACCACUGUGGUGGCAGUAUGUUACAAGACCUCGUGAAAUUCCCAUGUAA